AUGCACCCGCGCCCCACGAGGUCGUGCCCCCUCAACCCCUCCAGAAUUAGAUCUUUUGGCCGUCGCGCCGUCCUACGCGCAACUACAGAUGGGGGACUGGAUAACUUCACGGACGACGAGCCGAAGCAGCACAUCUCGCGACUGGAGGAAAUGACUCUGCGCGCCAGUGAGGUGUUGGAAUACUGGCUCAAGCGCCGUGAUGCGCAGAUUGGAGAGAAAGAAGCGUUCGAGGGCGUUAUUGAGAACUUGGGGAAAUAUGCUCGGCAGGAGGAAGCAGUUUUCUGCUAA